AUGAAGCGUCGAUAUGAGGAGGAGACAUCAAAUGUCAAGAAUACUGGGCAAGGAACCCAGGAGACAGAAGGGAAUAUAAGAGAAGAAGAAUCUCCACCACAGCCUGGGCCCAGUGAUGCAAUCAAGGCAGAAGAUGAGCAAGAAAAUGAGAAUUCCUCUAUCUACUAUUCAUUUUCCUCUUCUUUCUAUUCUUCCUCCACACUAUCCAAAACCAAUGAAAAGGGGCGCAUCUAUUAUAUCCAAGUGAAAACUAUAAAAGGAGUGGCCAUUGCCUGGGAGACUGAGAAUGGAAUGGACCCAAUCCAGAAAGCACCUCGAAUUUAUGAAAUGAACCCAUAUGACCAGAGCAUGCUAGAGCCUCCAACCAGUGAAGUUCUUGCUGAUGUAGAGAAAGGUGUGGAUGAGCAGAAUGAGGAGGAUAAAGAGGAGGAAGCACCAGGACCUUCAAGACUUUUUGAUGAAAGGAGAAGGAGAAAGAUCCCUGAUUGGAUGAUUUCAACAGAUAAUGGCUACCGUUGUUUGGCCUGCUGCAGGGUAUUCAUCACCUUGGAGGACCUCAGGAAGCAUGCUAAACAUGGGCCCAAGGAAGGAUUUAGUUGCCACGUUUUUAACAAAAAAAUUCACGAAAGACUAAGAACCCAGAGAAAUUCAGUCCCAGGCAGAGAUGACCAUUUAACCCUAAGCUCUAAAGACCAAAGUAAGUCACGUGAAGAUCAGGGUAAAGGUCAGCAAGGAAAAGGUCACCGUGCACGCCGUGGUACUCAUAGCAUGGAAAUGCACCCUGACAAGGAUGUGGAAUGA